CAUGCCUUUGGAGCCUAUAAAAGACGGCGAGGCUCGAGAUAUUUCACAGUCCUCGCAUCACUUCAGCCAUGAACACGUCGACGGUCCUUCUCUUGGCAGUGUGUGUUGUCGCCACAAGCGGAUUCCGCCUCCAGUGCAACGACUGCGACGCCGCGCCCUGCCCCGCCCUCCCGAGCAGAGGCUGCCCCCAGGGCGUCGUCAAGGACAUCUGCGGCUGCUGCGAUGUCUGCGGAAAGGGAUAUGGCGAAAAGUGUGACGAGUUCAUCAAGUGUGGUCCUCGGCUGACGUGCAAAGUGGUGGAUUUCAGUCGGGGUUUGGGCAGGUGUACGUGAGGCUUGCCACUUCUCACCCUUCUCGGCAACUUCUUAGCCAUGUAAUAUAUUGUCUUUAGAGUAAUUAUGGUAAUAAAAUAUAUAUAACUAUGGAAAUUACACAAAA